GCGCAACAACCAGCAUACAUAAUGAGCCGACUAGAUCCACAAUUUUAUUGGCAUGUCGGAGAGUAGUGCGCGUUAUCGCAGAGUGCCUUGGAAAACCUUGUGAAAAUGGAAAUGAAAAACCGAAUGGAAAACCCUAGUGCCGUACCGUUGAACAGCGAAUGGAAAGUCAGAGAAGAAGCUCAUGGAAAUCUUAGCGUGGGAAAAAGACUGCGGAGGUACUUCCGGGACUAUUGCGAAGGAUCUAGUCUCAUUGGUUUCAGAUAUUUGGGAGAAAAGAGAUCCAGAGGAGAGAGGAUUCUAUGGUUCUUUAUAAUAUUGCUAUCGAUAGUACUGUCGAUUUACUAUGUAGUGGAGAUAUACAGCAAAUACGUGGAGAACCCAUUUAUAGUUAAUAUGGCAACCAGGGAGUCACCCAUAUUCAAAAUUCCAUUUCCUGCUGUCACUAUUUGCCCCACAGUCAAAACAUCAAAAAACUAUUUCAACUUUACCGGCGCUAUCCACCGACUUUUGGAUGAUGAAAACAUCACAGACGAAGAUAUGCGCUAUACUCAGUAUUUCUCCUUAGUCUGCGACAGCAUCGAUGAAUCAUACAAAGAGAAGUUGCCACCAAACAAAACAUUCACUGAGGAUUUUUUCGAUUCUCUGGAUUAUUUGAAACCCUCCUUCAGUGAAGUAUUUUCGAUUUGCCAGUUUAUGGGACAUGACGUAGAAUGUGAGGAUUUAUUCGUGCCUGUGGUAGUAGAUGAAGGUAUCUGUUAUACUUUCAAUAUGCUGAAUAGGGAAGAUAUUUACAAAGACAAUGUGUAUUAUUAUUCGGAUUAUCUCCAGAAUCUAAAUCAUACCAACUGGACUAUCAAUGAAGGAUACCCCAAAGGUACUGGACAAAAUGUUUAUCCAAGAAGGGCUUUGCUGUCAGGAGCUGAUAAUGCAUUGGAGAUUUAUUUGUUACAAAGAACCCAGGAAACUGAUUAUCUCUGUUUACAAGAUACAGAAGGCUAUACGGUACAUCUUCACACCCCUCAAACGAUACCACAACUGAAGAAAAACUACUUUUCCGUACCCCUAGACACGUCAGUUAGGGCCAUAGUGAAACCGGGUAUGAUGACGACGUCGAAAGAAGUGAAAAACUACAAAACCAUGGACCGCAAAUGCUACUUCACCGAUGAGAGAUUUCUGAAAUAUUUCGAGAUAUAUACUCCGGAAAACUGCCAAUUAGAAUGUUUAACGAAUCACACGCUGGAAAUGUGUAAUUGUGUGAACUAUUUCAUGCCAAGGCAAAAUACUACUGACAUAUGUGGCAAUGCGAUGUCUGAUUGUAUGAAGUUAGCAGAAAUUUCAAUGAAAACGAGAGAAAUAGAAAGUCAGCUGUCAGAGGACUACCAGACUUCCAAUGGUUGUAAUUGCAUGCCGAUAUGUACAUCAUUGUCGUAUCAAGCUGAAACGUCGAGAACUCCGUUUCCAUGGAGAGACAUUUUCCGAGCUGAGAAAACUAUGGUGGAACUCCUUGGACCAUUGGAAUUGGAUAAGAAAAUGCAUCUUUCGAAGCUGAGCAUAUACUUCAGCUCAGACAUGUUCCUUCAGAUGGAAAGGACAGAACUGUACGGAUUCUUCGACUUGAUGUCCAAUAUUGGUGGUAUUCUUGGACUGUUCAACGGAUUCGCGUUAUUAUCCGUCGUUGAAAUAAUUUACUACAUCUCCGUUCGUCUCUGGUGUAAUUACCAACUGCACAAUGACAUAUUGGAAAGCUAGAUCAAGAUUCACUCCACAAACACAGCUCUUAAACCAACGAAGGAAAGUGAUCAAUGAGUGGAAAAAUAUUGCACAGCCCGGGAUUGAACCCUGACCAGCCGCUUGGAACGCUGUGCUUCAGAUCCCUAGGCCACGUGACUACUUAAAUAAUAAUAUCGAAUUGAUUUGUUAUCGAACCAAAAAAUAACGAAGUAUAAUUGAGAUUGAACAUGUAUAUUUUUUGUAAAUAAAAAGAAAUUUUGGUAUAA